AGAUAGUGAAAAACUUCGUAGACAUACUCGAUUGGGUAUAUUUUAUCCAUGUUAAUUUGGAAAUUCUAACAGAAGCAAUGCUUGAACAAAGCAUUUGAUUUCCUACUUUAUUUCGAGAUUUUAAUUGCAUUUAUUUUAGGUCAUGCUCUUGUUUUGUUUCGUGCUCUUAGGUUUGAUUUGGCAAAUCGGGUCAUCUCAACCCCGAACUAGUUCUCUGAGAACACAACGGUCACUUCAAAGUAGUGUGAACUGAAAUACCCUACGGGGAUUUGAUCUUGAAAGUCUUCACAUCUGUUGAGCUAAAUUUGACUCUAUCCUAGGAUGGAUCAAAAAUUCAUGGCCCUUUUUAUUGAUUACCAUGUUGAUAAAUAACGUCAACAUUAACCGAGAGAAAAUAAAUAGUUGGACAUUGGGAAUACGAGUGUUAGUUUGGGUGUGAAUGUACAGAGAUGUUCAUGAUGACGAAUUCCAACCCGUGUUAGUUGGACAUUUUACACGUAUUAUCCUCCCCGCGUCGUGCCUCUCCUCUUCAGAUCUCCCCGUGACGCUCCUCUUCCAAGACCAGAUCGUCGGCCGUUACUCGUCCUCCUUUGCCGCCGCGCUCGUCCCACCUCGACUUCCGUCAUCUCCUCCUUCGCCGCCUCCGCUCUUCUACCAGCCACCACCAUCGCCGCCUCCGCCUCCCGCCAUGAUUCUUCCAUCUCCGGCCGAAACAGCUCGCCUCCGACCUUGCUCUUCCCGCCGACUGCUGCCGCUCCUCCUCCUUCACUAAGGUAGAGAGAGGAGGGAAGAAGAAGAGAUUUGGGGUAGCAGUCUUGCAGAGGCAGAGAGAGGGGAAAAAGAGAGGAGAGAAGAAGAAGAUAAGAGAGGAGAGAAGAAAACGUGUGAUCUUCCUCCUCUUUCUUUUUUAUUUUAAUUUUUUAUUGUUUGGUAAGAAAGGAGAGAAGAAAACAUGGGUGGGGUUGUUUUUUAUUUUUUUUUCUUUUGUUUUUUAAUAAACAUGGGGUGGGUCGGUUACUCGCGGUUAUAACCGAACUAAAAUCGAAAACCGAUCGGUCGAUGAUCGGCUACCCGUGGCUUCCCUCACGGUCGGUGGUCGGCAGUCAUAGGGGACGGGUCGGUUUAACCUACUAGGAGGCAUUCCGUCCUCUAGCCUACUAGGGGUGUUCGUCUUUUCGCCUGCUGGGAGGUGUUUUUCUUCUAACCUACCUAGCAACGUUCUGUCUUUUAGCUUAUCGAGAAGUCUGGUCUUUCUUCUUCAUAGGAGCGCUCUUAGUCUUUCUAUUUCUAAGAAGUAUGUUAGUCUUCGGUUUCUUGGAAAGCGCUUUAGUCUUUCGGCUUAUGAGAAGCGUGUUAGUCUUUAGACUUCUAAAAAGCGCAUUAGUCUUUCGGCAUCAUGGGAAGCGCAUUAGUCUUUUGACUUCAUGAGACUUAAGUAUUUUGGCUUUCUAUGAAGCGUUUUAGUCUUUGGCUUCUGAGAAGAGCUUAUUGCAAAUUAACCAAAUGGAGCGGAUAAAUACAUUGGGAAUGA